UACACACGAAACAUGGCGUUCUGUAAAGGAUGAUUUCCUGGGGAUGCAGGCAACAGACAAAAUAAAGUAGCUAGCUGUCUGAUAAUUAAAAAAAAAACAGUAGUUGUAGAAAAGCAGGCACAGUCACUCCAAACAUACGGAGUCCAAUAUACUGUUGUAUCGCCAUGGAGCACAUAACCACGCCAAAGGUAGAGCAAGUAAAGCUGUUGGACAGAUACACCUCAAAGAAGCCAGCUGUCGGCACUCUGUAUCUGACAGCAACACAUCUUAUCUAUGUGGAGACAACCUCAAACGUACGCAAGGAAACCUGGAUUCUGCACCAUCACAUUGCAACGGUAGAGAAGCUCCCGUUAACUACUAUAGGAUGCCCUCUUCUCAUCCACUGCAAGAACUUCCGCGUCGCCCACUUUGUCCUCCCCCGUGAGAGAGACUGUCAGGAUGUUUCCCAGUCCCUGCUCAGACUGUCUCAGCCAGCAAAAGAAGAAGAACUGUAUGCCUUUCUUUACAACCCCAAACAAAAUGAGACUGACAGAAAAGUUGGCUGGGGCACUGUGGAUCUGAAGAUGGAGUUCAAAAGAAUGGGGCUGCCCAAUGACUUCUGGGAGCUGACAGAUCUCAACAAGAACUACGGGAUCUGCAGCACGUACCCCUCAGAGUUGGCCGUUCCUAAAGCGGCAAGCAAACCCACCAUAGUGGGGAGUUCCAAGUUCAGGAGCAGAGGACGCUUUCCUGUUCUAUCCUACUUCCAUAAGGAGACUAAUGCUGCAGUCUGUCGUUGCAGCCAGCCCCUGUCUGGGUUCAGUGCUCGCUGCGUGGAAGAUGAACAGAUGCUGCAGGCCAUCAGCAAGGCCAACCCGAAGAGCUCUUUUAUGUACGUGGUGGACACUAGACCCAAGUUAAAUGCCAUGGCCAAUCGAGCUGCAGGAAAGGGGUAUGAAAACGAAGACCAUUACGCCAACAUCAGGUUUCAGUUUGUGGGCAUCGAAAACAUCCACGUCAUGAGGAACAGCCUGCAGAAGCUCAUGGAAGUGUGCACAAUGAAAUCCCCAACAAUGAGUGACUACUUAACUGGACUGGAGAAUUCAGGCUGGCUGCGUCACAUCAAAGCUGUCAUGGAUGCUGGGGUGGUCUUAGCCAAGGCUGUGACAGAAGAGAAGGCCAGUGUGCUGGUGCACUGCUCAGAUGGCUGGGACCGUACUGCACAGGUGUGCUCCCUCGCCAGCAUCCUACUGGACCCCUACUACCGGACUAUCAGGGGCCUGAUGGUUUUAAUAGAAAAAGAAUGGAUAUCUAUGGGUCAUAAAUUCACACAAAGGUGUGGACAUUUGGAAGGGGACCCCAAGGAGGUGUCUCCGGUUUUCACCCAGUUCAUCGAGUGCCUGUGGCAUCUGAUGGAGCAGUACCCCUGCGCUUUCGAGUUCAAUGAAAGAUACCUCAUCGAAAUCCACGACCAUGUUUACUCCUGCCAGUUCGGGAACUUCAUAGGCAACUGCCAGAAAGAGCGAGUCGAGCUGAAGCUAGAGGAGAGAACCUACUCUGUUUGGCCUUUUUUGCUGGAGAAGAGAGAACAGUUCGUAAACCCACUAUACAAAGGCACCUCAAGGUUUGGUGUGCUGAGACCAAACACAUUACCGUUCAAUUUCAAGUUUUGGUGUGCCAUGUAUAACCGUUUCGAUAAGGGAAUGCAUCCAAAGCAGUCGAUUCUGGACCAUCUGCUUACUCUCUCAUGCCAGAAAGCAAAGGAAGAAGAGAAAGUGAAAGAGCUUCAAAAAAAGUUGGCAGCCAUCGAUGGGGUUUUACCUAACCAAGUCCAUCCAUGCCCCGACAAUGUCUCAGCCGGGCAAUCCACUGUGGUGCCACCCGCCACCUGUGGCUCAUCUGUCCAUGAAGUGGAAUGUACAACCCAGCUGACCAAUGGCACUUCAGAGGAGACAGACUCAAGCACGGGCUCAGACAGCAGGAAAGAGCAAGUGGAAUGGCCGGGCCCAGAAUCCACCCUGACUAUCACGAAUGGCAAAACUGUUGCCAUGGAGAUUCCAGAAACCAAUCGAAAGGCUGAAGUAGAAUUUCCUAGAAACUCCACUGCAGCUGUGGAAGAGUAGUGCUAAGUAACCAGUUUUCCUCAUCUUUCAGUAGCCACAAGAAGCUCAUUAGGAAUUAAGUGACAUCCUACAGGGAUGGCAGAUUUCCAGUGUUCAUUGAAUCAUUACUCUCUUUGUACAGGACCGUAUGGAUGGUAAGUGAUAUGAUAGUUAGUUGCAAGCUGAAAAGAGACAGAAACUGUGCAUGUGUGACAGGAAAUUUCCUCACCCAUAAUCACUGGGAGGGCAGUCUUUCCAUGGCCUCAUUUUUGAAUGUUUUGGUGAAGUUUGCAGUUGACUGUCAGCUUUUUAUAGUGAAAGAUUUGUGAACUUAUGUUCAUGCACUGCAAGUAGAAGCAGUAACUGUUAAAAUAUGGUUGUAAGGGACACAUUCUUAAGCAUGAAAAUAUUGAGCUUGUGUCAGCAUUGUAUUUACUUGUGGAUAGCCAGCUCUUAUAAAGGGACAGCGGUAGCACAAACACUUAAUAAAGGGAAUACAUUCCAAACAUGUAGCCCACAAUUAGUCUUGGUUUGUAAUGGUUUCACCUUACUAUGAGCCUACAUUUCUGCUAUAAGCUAAGGCUAAAUGUUCUUGUUUUGUACAUUUUGUUAUGUAUUCCGGUUACAUACAAGAACAUGGGUUUCAAUAAUUUUUCUACGUUGAGGUUUGUUUUGUCUGGAAAUUGGAAAUGCAUUGUCAUUACUAUGCAUAACCCUUUGAGCAAUAUAGCAUGCCUAAUGCUAUUUUGUUGAAAAAUCAUCUUUUUGAAUUAUGUAUUGAAUAAAAAUUUAAUCUCUCUCUUUAAUGAAAGUAGCAUACCCUAAAUAUGAAAAAAAAAUUAUGCAAUGGCAGUAUGUGUCUGUCAGUUCUUGUAUAACUCUUUGCACACUGAGCAUUUUGGAUGUGCCAAAGUGCCAUCUAUCUCUCCUUUUCCCCUAAAAACAUCUUAGCCAUAUCUGAGGAUAUUAAUGGCUUACAAAAUGAGUGUUGAUGCAUGCAGUUCACUGGUAUGAUUGUAAUGUAUGAGAGUGUCCCGAAUAUAGUGGCCAGUUUGGUUAGCAGUCAUGGGUAGGGAAGCUAGAUGUGAUCAGUAUUAUUUUAGGUAAGUUUGUUUUAUCAGAGUACGGUACUGAGUGUGCUUAGCUCACCAUUCAGUAGAACAGCCUGCUGUGCUUCCCCUCCAGUGCAAAAGUCGAACAAAUUGUUGUUGUGUGCCUCUCUCAAUACUACGGUAUCUAAAGAUGCCUGCAUAGGAUGUUAAAUGAGACAGACACUGGGAGAAUAAUUUUUUAUAUUCAUCUAUUCUUGUCGUUUAUUUUUUUGCAUAUCGAUGUACACAUAUCUAUUUGUUAAUUCUUGUUUUUCGCACUCAAAGCAAUAGUACGUAAGACUGUAGAAAAGACUCUCAUAAUGAAAAAAUAUGAUUAAGUACACUGGCAGUUUAAAAUUAUCCUCAAGACUGGAACUAAAUCAAAACUUUGGCACACCCACUACAAAGGAAUUGCAGAAGUAAUUAUCAAUGGCCAUUGGUUAACUGUCAUGUCAUGUGGUUCCCCAAACUGAAAAAUGCUAAUAUCUAUUCCUAUGUAUGUAUUCCUUUCUGACCCAGUUUAUUUUGUUACUGGCAAAUGUAGCAACCUCUGCACAGACACACAAUGCAAUCCUAUGAUAUCUACGCAUACCACCUUGUGUGACAAGGGGAACCCUGACCCACCUACCCAUCCCUAUCCAUGCUACAGUCACUCUAGCCAGUUGGUUCUGUAACUGUCAGCUCUUGUUCUCUGUCAGAAAAUGACAUGGCCAAAUUCAAAUCCAAGCUAGAGGGCUCAGUUUGCUCCCUUCUUAACAAGACUGAGCAAGUGCUUCAUCUUACAGGGCCAUUCGGAUGCCCCUAAUGAUAAUAUUUUAAAACCUUUCUCUUUUUUUGUCUAGUGGGCACAAGUUUUGAUUUAGGAUGGGCCAGUUUUGGGUUUUGAAUAUUUGUGCUAUGGGAGAUGGGAGAUUUUUUGUGACUCAAAGACUGAAAAAAUGAGAUGAUGACCAUGAUCCUAAUUCUAAAGGGAUAAAAGCUUAAGCAAUGUAAAUGAAAUGAUUAAUUUUUCUGCUCUUAGCAAAUAAUUGACUGAAGUUUGUAAUGCUAAAAGGAAUUAACUAAGCUGUUCUGGUAAAGUUCUGUCAAUGCGUCCUGUAUAAGCCCUUGUCAUAAGGACUACCCGUCUAUUCUUGAAACUAAGAAUGUUGUCCAAAGAAGUCAUUUGAAGGCAAAAUUUUAGCCACUGUUAACAUUUGUGAAAUGAUGAAAAUGACACCACUCAAAGUUAGUGGGUUGUCGCUUUCGAUACACAUAAGUCUAUAGUGGCAGCCUGCUCUUCCUUAGACAUCUGUAAGCUGUUGUUUUCACAUCCACCUGGUUGGAUGUGUGACUAUUUCUGUCAUGUUAAAAAUGUUAGAAAAUAUUAAUGAGGCCAUUUUGAUUUGUUAAACGAUUGUGU